AGAGGGCGGAAACACACGAAGAAUUUAUGAAACACACAGGAUCAGACGAAAAUCAAAAUGGCCCUCCGUGUUCUUGUUGGCGUGAAAAGAGUGAUAGAUUAUGCAGUUAAGAUCCGUGUCAAACCAGACAAUAUGGGCGUGGUUACGGAGGGUGUCAAACACAGCAUGAACCCGUUCGACGAGAUAGCCGUAGAAGAGGCUGUAAGGUUGAAGGAAAAGAAACUUGUCAAGGAAAUCAUCGCUGUCAGCUGCGGACCACAACAAUCUCAGGAAACGUUACGUACAGCACUGGCCAUGGGUGUUGACAGAGGUAUUCAUGUUGAGGUCAGCGGAGCAGAAUACGAGGGUCUAGGUCCAUUCCAUGUUUCCAAGAUCAUGGCAAAACUUGCGCAAGAAGAAGAUGCGAACUUAGUCAUUCUUGGAAAACAGGCAAUCGAUGAUGACUGCAAUCAGACGGGUCAAAUGACGGCGGCCAUAUUGGACUGGCCUCAAGCGACCUUUGCCUCAGAGGUCAAAAUUGAAGACAAUAAGAUGGAAGUGUUGAGGGAGAUCGAUGGUGGAUUAGAGACGAUCCAGGUCUCAUUACCAGCCGUUGUCACAGCAGAUCUGAGGUUAAAUGAACCCCGGUAUGCAACGCUACCUAACAUCAUGAAAGCCAAGAAGAAGCCUAUCGCCAAGAAGACGCCGGGUGAUCUUGGUGUUGAUGUGACCCCAAGAGUAGAAGUGGUCAGAGUGGAAGAUCCACCGGUCAGAGAAGCUGGACAGAAGGUUGAGAACGUGGGGGAACUUGUUGGCAAACUCAAAGAAGCUGGCUUCUGCUAACACAGGCUUGACAAAUGAUCAGACACUGUACAGCUUCAUGCCUUCCUGCUCUUAGACCCAGUUGAAGUGUACACGAGAAAAAUGAGGUGUAAGAUGAGGAGUACGGCCAGCCCCACCAAUGGAAUAAUUUGUUUGUAGAUAGCCAAUUGAUGCAAGGCAAAUACCUAGCAAUAAUGUGAAAUGCGAUCCAAUGGGUCUACAUGUAGGACUUGGAAUUAUGAAUCGAGCGUACUGACAGGGGAGCAUUUCAUGAACAAUUUUGUGUCCGAUUUAUACGCUCUCAGCCAAUCAGAUGCAAGGAUUUGAUGUAGCUUGUAACGUCUGCCAGUGAAAAAUCACUGACAAAUCUUUUUCAUGGAAUGCUCCCUGGAUCAUUCUUCUUGUUUGUCACUUUGUGUGAUGGGUAAAAAAAAAGAAGCAAUUUGAGAUCACCUAUCUAACGCAUUAUUUUAUGUACGAACAUGAUUUUGAUUACAAAAUAUAUUGCAUUUAAAGUGUAAUAUUCUCUUCCCUCUCUUUCCUCCUCUCUCAUUGCUCUUUGGUUUCUCUCCCUCUACAUUUCUCACUCUGUCUACUCACCAUUCCUCACUUUAUAUUCCCCCUGAUCUCUCUCUCUUGUUCUUCUCUCUUAUACCUCAGUCACAAUUCCCCUACUGCCACCAUUCGGCGAGUAGAAAACAGCCGUUUUUAAUUUUUUUAUACCAGCUUCAUACAGGUGGUCUGAAUGAAAUUAGAUAGAAUGACUGUCUUCGACUGUACGGUGGCCACAGAGGAAAUGUGACUGAGAUAUUACUGCUUUAUGUCUCUCUUCUUAAUGUUUUUCGUCUUUUCCAAUCCUUCGUUCUCUCUCCAUUUCUGUCUCUCACUCUUAUUUCUUUUCCUUUUCCUCUCUGUUCAAGCCUUUUUGUUUACCUAUACCCACUUCAUACAUUGAUUUAUUAUGGAAUGUGGAGAGUGGUUUCUGAAUAAAGUCUAAUUAUCGUAUUCAAAGCAAGUUAUUUGGAACUUCUUGAGCAGUUCAUCAUUUUAAAAUAAACAGGCACUCUGUACAGAUGAGCGAUAAUUGAUAUUUAAUCACAACAGGAAAAAAAUGUAAUGAAAUGAUGCUUUUUUAUUGUUAAAUUUGGAGAAGAUUGAGAAUGAUUUUGAGGUGAUAAGCAUCCUUGUUAUUCUUUUGCAAAGGGAUUGUCGAUGGCUAUGUGAAUAUUGAGACGAUUUACAAUAUUUAAUAUGAAAAUAAUAGAUUCCUUCAUAGACAUAUAUGUGAUUAUAUGUAUUUGUUUCAAUAUUCAUGGCCCAUAUUGUUCCAAAUUUGUUGACAAAUGUUCUUGUAUGUUCCAUGGGAAAUGUUGAAUAAAUAUAUUGACAUAAAAAAUA